AUGCUGCAGGUGAUCCUAGAGCAAUGCCCCUAUCUUCGGACUACGACUGGACGCUGGGAUAUUGACCAAGUCGAUUGGUGGAUUGAUUCAUUAAGCCUGGAGCACGAGGCGGUCAACUGGCUUAUCUCGUGUACGGAAAUUGAUGCAGCUAUUGCUGAGGAGCAUGAGUUACUGGAAACGAUACUGGAAAUCCUUGGCUACAUCUGUUGGCGGUCCCCAUCAACUACUACGUCGUCCGAUCAAGGUUCAAAAGGCACUAACUGCUGCUCACACCUACGCUUCCAAGAGAAGGAGCAUAACAGCAUAUAA